CAGCAGCAGCACAGCUUGGUGGUCGGCUGGACUGCAAACGCUCGACCACAACUGGACAAGACCAAUUCGCAGGAUCUUUUCGCAGACUAACUGAGAUAAUCCUCCUUGGCUCUGGACCAGCUGGUGCCGCUCUAUUCAUGAACGGAAGUUUCUGACCACCAUGGAAAUAUAGCUACUGUUGUCAUCCAAUCAAACUGCAGCGGCGAAUUUCUCUCCAGUAGUAUUUGGCUGGAUCUCUUCACGUUGACGCUGGAAGACUCCGUACCAUCGUCAGUCGGAUAGUGGGCUUCCUAAUGAAAGUCGGGGCUACGCUUCGUGCUGCAGUUUUUUCCUUUUUCGACUAUUGCGGAUGUGGAUCUUAUCGCGAAAGUGGCGGAUAUAGAUACAGGCGGAGAAAAUAAGGACAAACAUUCCAACUGACGAAAACGUUGUCAACUUCUCGGCAGCACAGAUCCAGAGUGGCACAAACAUCAUGGCACUGAGUGAAGCUCCUACCGACCUUCUGCCACUCAGCAAUGGUGGAUGCCCACCAGGCACCAUGGCUGCCCCUCUGUUCUCCACUGCCUAUGAUUUUGCUAGCUCUGCUGCGGACGCCGCUUUGGAUGCAGAUGUGGAGGGGGAACAGGGAACCACGCUCCCCACUACUGCAUCUCUGCAUCCCAAAGUGCCUCUGUCGAAGGUGCUGGUUGGAAACAACGGUGGUGUCAAGCAGAACGGCUCCCUCCACCCACCGUCUUCCUCCUCCUCCUCUUCAUCCUUGGUGUCUUCGUCACACAUCUCAGACUCUCCGAGGCUUGCCAAGCUGCUGGCCAGCUCUGUCCAGGCACCAUGCUGUGCCCGCUGCCCUUUUCAUGAGCCCGUGUGCUGCAGUGGGAACCAGCAGGACGGGGGCCUUUUCCAGGGGCCCCUGUCCUCGAGGGCCCACCAUAUGGGCUCCUGCUGUGUGCAAGGCACCACCAGUUUCUGCAUGCAACAUCGCUGGCAGGAGCACUUUCAGAACCAACCCAACAUGGCCACACUAAGCCCUGCGAGACCGUUUCGAUUCCCUAAAAGUUAUGCAGAGCUGAUUGCAGACUGGCCUGUGGUUGUGCUUGGUGUAUGUACAGUGCUCAUUGUGGUAUGUACUUUAGUAGGCAUCCUAGUGCCAGAUCUGCCAGACUUCUCUGAUCCUUUACUGGGCUUUGAACCAAGGGGCACUACAAUAGGUCAGCGACUUGUAACCUGGAACAACAUGGUGAAAAACACAGGUUACAAAGCAACCUUGGCCAACUACCCCUUUAAAUAUGCAGAUGAACAGGCCAAAAGUCACCAAGAAGAUAGGUGGUCAGAGGAUCAUUAUGAGAGAGAUAAAAGACAAGCAGAAUGGGACUUUAGUAAAGACAGUUUCUUCUGUGAUGUGCCAGGGGACAGCUACUCUAGAAUUGUAUUUGCCUCUGCUGAUGGGAAGAACUUGUGGAAUAUACAAGCUAUAAAAUCUAUGUGUAAUUUUGACAAUACCAGGGUUCGCUCCCAUCCCCAGUACUGGAGUUUGUGUCAGCGCACUACAGCUGCCUCCUGUUGUCCUAGCUGGACUCUGGGGAACUACAUAGCUGUGCUCACCAACAAGUCAUCCUGCCAAAAGAUCACAGAACGAGAUGUGUCUCAUACCUUGAAGGUCCUGCGUUCCUGUGCCAAGUACUAUUACAAUGGCACUUUAGGUCCUGAAUGUUGGGAUAUGACAGCACGCAGGAAGGACCAGCUCAAGUGUGGCAAUGUCCCCAGAAAGUGCACCAAAUACAAUGCUGUAUAUCAGAUUCUUCACUUCUUAGUAGACAAGGAUUUUCUUAACCCAAAGAUUAUGGAUUUCCUCCCACCUGUUCUCAAGUACAGCAUGUUAUUUUCUCCCACGGAGAAAGGUGAAAGUAUGAUGAAUAUUUACUUGGACAACUUUGAAAAUUGGAACUCUUCAGAUGGUGUCACUACUGUCGCUGGCAUAGAGUUUGGCAUCAAACAUAAUUUGUUUCAGGACUACCUUCUUACAGAUACUGUGUAUCCUGCAAUAGCAAUUGUGAUUGUGCUAGUGGUUAUGUGUAUAUAUACUAAAUCAGUUUUUAUCACCAUAAUGACCAUGUUUGCCAUCAUCAGCUCUCUAAUUGUCUCCUAUGUCCUUUAUCGGGUGGUUUUUAACUUUGAAUUCUUCCCUUUCAUGAAUCUUACAGCACUCAUUAUACUUGUUGGAAUUGGUGCUGAUGAUGCCUUUGUGUUAUGUGAUGUCUGGAACUACACAAAAAUUGACAAACCAAACUCCGAGCUCUCUGAAACUGUUAACAUCACACUUCAGCAUGCAGCUUUGUCAAUGUUUGUUACCAGCUUCACCACUGCUGCUGCAUUUUAUGCUAAUUAUGUCAGCAACAUUACAGCCAUCCGUUGCUUUGGUGUCUAUGCUGGCACUGCUAUUUUGGUCAAUUAUGUACUAAUGGUAACCUGGUUGCCUGCUGUAGUAGUACUUCACGAACGAUAUCUUCUAAAUCUCUUCAUAUGCUUUAGGUCACCACAUCGACAAACCUCUAGCUCUGCAGGCUUUCUUUCAGUCCUGUAUCAGAAGGGCAACAAGUGCCUGUUUGCCAUUUCAGAGACCUCUCGCAUUUUUUUUGAAAAAGUACUGCCAUGCAUUGUAAUCAAGCUCCGAUACCUUUGGCUCUUUUGGUUCCUGGCCAUCACAGUUGGUGGGGCAUAUAUUGUCUGUGUGAAUCCUAAAAUGAAAUUGCCUUCCUUGGAGCUAUCAGAAUUUCAGGUGUUUCGCUCCACACAUCCCUUUGAACGUUAUGAUGCAGAAUACAAAAAACUCUUCAUGUUUGAGCGUGUGCACCAUGGGGAAGAUCUCCACAUGCCAAUCACUAUUAUAUGGGGUGUUACUCCAGUAGACAAUGGGGAUCCACUGAACCCCAAAAAUAAAGGCAAGCUGACACUUGACACUAGCUUUAACAUUGCCAGCCCUGAAAGCCAAGUAUGGAUUCUCAACUUCUGUCAGAAGCUGCGGAACCAAAGCUUUGUAUUCCAAUCUGAUGAGCAAGACUUCACCAGCUGCUUCAUGGAGACUUUUAAGCAAUGGAUGGAGAACCAGGACUGUGAUGAGGCACGAGUCUACCCAUGUUGCAGUCAGUCAACAUUCCCCUACAAACAGGAUGUAUUUGAGUUGUGCAUUAAGAGGGCCAUUAUGGAGCUGGAUCGCAGCACAAUCUACCAUCUAGACAGCAAGACACCAGGGCCAAGAUUUGAUAUUAAUGAUACAAUUCGUGCCAUUGUGCUUGAAUUUCAGAGUACUUAUCACUUCACUCUAGCAUAUGAGAAAAUGCACCAGUUUUACCGUGAGGUGGAUGCCUGGAUCCAAGAGGAGUUGAAAAAUGCCCCAGAGGGUUUGAGCUAUGGUUGGUUUGUAAGCAACUUGGAGUUCUAUGACCUUCAGGACAGCCUGUCAGAUGGCACUCUUAUUGCUAUGGCACUAUCAGUGGUGGUUGCUUUCAGUGUUAUGCUUCUGACUACCUGGAACAUAAUCAUUAGUGUUUAUGCCAUCAUCUCAAUUGCUGGGACCAUUUUUGUCACUGUGGGGUCAUUGGUGCUUCUUGGUUGGGAAUUGAACGUAUUGGAGUCUGUAACCAUCUCAGUGGCUGUAGGACUUUCUGUGGACUUUGCAGUGCAUUAUGGUGUAGCGUAUCGCCUUGCUCCAGAACCUGAUAGGGAGGGAAAAGUCAUUUUCUCCUUGAGCAGGAUGGGCUCAGCCAUUGCAAUGGCUGCACUUACCACCUUUGUUGCUGGAGCAAUGAUGAUGCCAUCCACAGUAUUGGCAUACACUCAGCUAGGCACAUUUUUGAUGUUAAUCAUGUGCAUCAGUUGGGCCUUUGCUACAUUUUUCUUCCAGUGCAUGUGCCGGUGUCUGGGUCCUCAGGGAACGUGUGGACAGAUCCCUAUGCCUAAAUCCCUUCAGUGUCAUGCUUUUGAAGAAGAUACCUCUGACUCUACUUCCAGCCACAGCCAAGGAAAACACUGUCAGUCAAGCAAGUACCAGUCAGAUACCAGGGGACAGGAGAUUGAGUAUGAACUUGAGCCUUUGUCUACAAAUGUUAGAAAUAUUGAAAAGACAGAGGACCAAGAAGCUUGUGCUCAGCUACCUAAUGGUGGUGCUGGUCAUCAUGCACUCUGCGUUCCACUGAAAAACCAAAGUGAACCUGAAAGUGAAGACUUUGGGACUGACAAUGGCACACUAAGCACAGAUCCUGCACAUUUGAAUCAGUACUCUUCUAAUGCUACCUGCACCUGUGGGGAUUCUUUACCACGUCACAUAAUGAGCGCACAGUGGACCCUUCACCAUCCCUGUAUUCAGGCUAGAGAGUCUCCAUGCUCUGCUUCACAAUUUGCUUUAAGAGGCAAUUAUGUAGCCAAAGGUCAGAGCAUCUUAUCUACCCUUGAUUCAGUACAUAUGAACAACUGUCGCAUGAACUAUGUCCAGUGUGCCCCUGCCCAUUUCCAUCAAUGUUCUCAGCCUCAAAGCCCAAUGCCAGCUCCCCUUAAAUCCCAUGGCUGCUAUCUUGGGGGAUACAAUAUGCACACCUUGCAUUUGCAGUCACAGCCACGACCACCUGAUGCUGCGGGAGAUAUGUCCCACUUACCUAGUCUAUGUAACCCCAGUCCUUCUAAAGGCAAAACAUCUUGCAUUCAGUUCCCCACAGUUCAGUGCUGCACAAUAUCUCAAAGAGCCAGAGACUGCAUAACUAGUAAUGAAAUGCUGAAUCCAGGGGAAUUAAAAACAAACAAUCCCCAAUUCUUUCAAAACAUGGCAUGUAACCACAUAAAAACAAACAUGACAAAUGACACUUCAUUUUCAAUGCAGUGCAACCAUGAGAAGCUUUUGACUGUUCCUGUACCAUUGGAAAGAAGUAUCCAAUGCAAACAACAUCACAGAGACACAAAUGAGAAGACUGACUCUUCCAAAAAAUCCGGAUAUUUCAAUAGGACAAUGAAAGUGAAGUGCAAUUCUGGGGAAUUUCAUAAGCAAAAAACUGAAGUAAAUGUGCCAGCCCUUGCUAUUAAUUCACACCAGUCAUCUGAAAGUUUAUGUUGAAGGUCUGAAUGAAAGGGAACUUGAGAAACAAUAGAUUUUAUGAGAGCAUACAGUAAUUAUUUUAUAAAGCCAUGUGUGGUGUUCCUCUACAAUAAAAUCCACAAAAUUACAU